GCAUACAAGUGUCACUUGCAAAGUUACGAAGCACAUACUAAUUUAGUCGACCACCAUGACUCAAGUUUGUAGCCCAUUAUAACGGUUAAGUAACGCGUGAUAUAAUAAAAAGUGUUUAUUUGUAAAUAGUUGCUUUGUUCGCGAAACUUGUGACUUAUCAAAUCGAUGCAUCAACAUGAUCGUCAUACAGCGUACCCAGCUGAUAUCUCUAUAGAAACAACGAGCUGCGAGUUUUCUUUAACCUUUUUUAUAAAGUGUAAAUUGAGCAUGGCCCAAAGAAUUAGGUCAUGUUAAUGACGUAUACCGACUAACCAACCCUUAAAAGGCAUGUCCUUAGACGAAGGUAGACAGUCACAACGUCCAUACCGCUAUGGCAUGGUUUUGCUGUGCGCGGGUGCCCUGAUCAAUUGGUUGGGAUUGGCCGAAGAUUACGCGGAGCCGGUGCGCUAUGUGGGCGUGGCCUGCAUCGUUGCAGGCGCGCUGCUCAUAUGCGCUGCCAUGUGCUGCUGGCUGCAGUCUCCGGCCCGGCAACCACAAAAUGACCGCGCUACGCCUGAUACCCAUCAAAUUGACGACCCAAUCCAUGUGAUUUCAAUGCCGGAUGAAGAGACGAUGCAGCAGAAGCCGCCGGACUACGACACGGUCGCAGGAGCGCCGCCGACUUACGACGACGCGAUCAAGCUGAACCCGGCGAGGUUGCUGCCGGCCACCAGCAGCACGCGCGCGGAUCCGCCGCUGACGCAGCACAUUGACGCGUUGGCGAUCCCGGGGCAGCUGGAGGACGCGUUUCCAGGCACGCAGGGCAGCGCCUUGCACCCGCCGCCCGUGCCUGUGCACCUGCCGCCCGCGCCCGUGCACCUACCGCCCACGCCCGUGCCCAAGACGCCGCCGCCACCCUACCGCGCCCCGCACGCCAUCAGAUGAAACGCGCGCGCGACACCGGUGUUACCUUAAAUCGACUGCUGGUUCAUGUGACUUGUAAAUAUUGUGGAACGAGCGCAGUUGAGCAUUUACGUGGCGACACGUAGGUAUAGAUAUAGUUGAAACGUUGCGGUAUUAUUUUGUUAUACGUCCAUAAAUAUCCACACAUGGAAUCGUUUAAUUGUUUAAUCGAAUAAUAUUAGAAUGUUGAGCUUGAGAUCGAUGCGUACUUAUGUGAUAUUAAAAUUGUUAUUAAUGAUUAUAAACUAGUUACUUAAUUUACCUACCUGCUGUAUAUAUUUAUAAGAGCAUGUACCUAUUACCUAGUAAGAAAAUUUUGUAUUUAUUUCUGUUAAAAGUUAAAACGACAAAAAAAUUGUUGGAUGUUAAAAUUUCCAUUUGUUAGUCGGUUUUUGAGGAUCUAUCUGUAUGGGCUGUAUGUAGCUGUAGAGAAAUUCUUGCCCACUGGUUAUGUAGAAUGAGCAUAGAUCAUAAAUUAUACACCUGAAGAAAGUAGGUUUGUGCCAUUAACUUUUUAGUGUAUACACCAUUACAUAUAAAACAUACCUACUAUUACGGCACUAUACUUCCUAUUACGUUCAUAAAACUUAUUUGCUCAAUUAUUAAAACAUAUUGUGUGUUCAUUGUUCAGGGCGGUAUGUGGAAAAUUAUAUUUUUUCAAUGACUAUCUCACUGUAAAUGUUCACUAUAUUUAAUCCAACGUUGUAUAAGAUAUUCCACGUUCGAAAAACAAAGACUUCAAUGAAUUGGGCAACGGUAACAGUAGCCCCAAAGGCACUUAUAAUGUAAUUAACACGACGUAGCUAGUGAUUUGUGAUAAAAUAUAAUCUAAUUAAAAUUAUUGACGACAAGAGUAGAUGUAUCUUUUUGAGAUUUAACUGCAAUUAGUGAUACCAAUACUUAACGAAGAUUCCAACAUAUUAGUAUUUGCGUCGACCCUUGUCGCGCUUCUCGUUAAACUAGAUAGAAAUAGUGUUAUAAUUAAUAAUUUAUCGCUUCAUAUAAUUUCCAUUCUAGUCUUCAAGUAACGACUAUAAUAAACGACUUAAUGUAUUCACAGUGAAGCAUCAUAAUUUGUAUUUGUACAGGUUUUCAUUGCACAACUUGAAACGAAAUUUUAUUUGUUUAAUAAUGUUGACAAUCGAAUUGUAAUCGUUUUACAGGUACCUAGGACUUGAUAAAAUAACAAUAGGUUAUUAAAUUGCAAACGAUUACAAUGUAGUCAUUGAUUUAUACAUUAUUCUAAAUGUGGAUUUUCAAAAUUCCUUUUUUUACUUACGUAUUUCUAUAUUUAAAUGAUAUUAAAUUUCUUAUCAUUUAUGCUUUACAUAUCAUCGACAUAUCAAACUCCAAUUUUUGAUGUUUCAACACAUGUAGCAGUUGAUUUAAUGUUCAUUGACCUUUAAUGCCUAUAAUAUACACUUCAAUUAAUAUAUUUCUAUCUAUUUAAAUCCUAAUUUGAGAAAUGUAUACUACUUAAUUAUUUAUUAAAAGACAUCUCUUGAACUCCAUGUUAGUAAUCGAACCAAAUAUUAAACUUUUUCGAUAAUAAAUAAAUAUUGAUUCAUCUACUUAUAAUAAAGACACAAUAAGACCCCCGGUAUCAUGGUCAAGUGAUGCGGUAUAAAAACAAUUAAGGAUGGGACCAAUACGAUAUACUUUUACGACUUUAUAAAAUUUUCUUAUUAAGUGUGCCAGGUAAUCCUUGGAGAUUUCUAAUGCUGAAGUUGUGCAUUUAUUAUUUGUACAUUUUACAAUGCUACGAAAUUUGAGUGUACAUACAAAAUAAA